GAUAACCAGUCAGUAAAUACUAAAUAAGGAAUGUCCAAAAGCUAGGUCUCACUGUCACCCUUACACCCAAAUCAAAAAAGAUUAUUGCAUUUUUUGGAAGAUUUAUUCUUAUCCAACGCCUUACAGAUUAAUCACACACGAUGACUUACUCCAUAAAUAUAUAAGUACUUUUUUCAUUUCCACCGUGAUAGAAAAUUCCAUCGUAAUAAAAAAUUCUCACAGUUUUAAAUAAAAUCAAAUGUCGUCGACCCUCCUCCCCGCUAUCAAGGUUUUACUCAUCUCCACCCUCGUUCUCUUCACUACCGUAAGAUUAAGACUUCAUAUUUCACUUACACUCAUUCUUGACUUCGUAGUCAAUCACGUGUCGAUCACGUGGACAUUCUGUCUCACGUGCCUUCAGCCACCCUACGUCUUCCUCCUCUUCAACGCUGUCAUCAUUUUCACCGCCGCCUCCACAAUGUUGUACCGCUACGAAUCUCCUCCUUACGUCCAUCUCCCCGUACUAGAAGAAGACGAAGAAGAAGAAGAAGAAUAUUAUUUUCCUAUGCUGAAGUGGACGGAGACUCCACCGGCGCCGUCGCUAGACGACGUGUGGAAGACCAUAACAGAAACUCCACAAAUUACACCGCUUCAUCAGAGAUCAGAGACGUUCAGUGAGGGAAUGGAGAAGGAGAAGAUAGAUAGUACGGUAGAGUGUGGUCUGAGACGGUCGGUGAGUCUUGACGAGUUGAACCAGCGCGUGGAAGCGUUUAUUAGGAAGUUCAAUGAGGAGAUAAGGUUGCAGAAGCUCUAUUCACCUGAAGAUGAUGAUGAACCGUUGUGUUGAUCCAUUUUUUUGCGGAAUUUGGAAGGAUAUUUUGGCAGAAUUAGAAAAUAUCAACAAAUUUCACCCAAAAAAAACAAGAAUUUAUUUAGAUUCCGAAGCUUAUCAGGUCAAAGCAAAUCUCAAGACUUAAAGAGCUCAAGAUAGUUACCAUAAAGAGAUUCUGACUAGCAGCGGGCAGAAAAUAUCUAGAAAACAUUGAUUCAUUUAUAUUAUUAAGGACUAGUUAGGUAAUAAUUAAACUCAUAUUGUUUAAUGGCACGCGGGACUUUUAUGUGCUUUCUCUUUAGAAUGUAAUGGAUAUGCAAUCGUGUAAAUUUUUUAGGCGCCA